AACUCGAAUUCGCCGUCAUUCGCAGAAUUGCAAGGCCAGGCGACGCAAAUGUCGUUGUUUUGACAAUUGCAUUGCAUAGAGCAUCAUUAAUCUACCUAAUCAACGUUGUUUCGCUACUCCCGCUUCUACUUUGUUUAGAGAUAAGUCGCGUCCGGUUUCACAGUACUCCGCUGUGAUGAUUUACUGCUAAAACCCCGAACAGAUCAACAAAGCAAAAUGAAUUUAGUCGAUUCAAACCCGUACGGCAAUGGACUUUUGUACGCUGGCUUCAACCAGGAUCAAGGAUGCUUUGCCUGCGCCACAGAUACAGGAUUCCGCGUGUACAACUGCGACCCGCUAAAGGAAAAAGAACGACAAUAUUUCGCGGAAGGUGGACUGGGUCACGUAGAAAUGCUGUUCCGUUGCAAUUAUCUGGCUCUGGUUGGCGGUGGAAUUCGCCCAUUAUAUCAGCCAAACAAAGUAGUUGUCUGGGACGACUUGAAGAAGGCGCCGGCAAUUUCACUGGACUUCAAUCAACCUGUUAAGGCGGUACGCCUACGCCGCGACCGGAUCGUUGUGAUUCUGGAGGGCGUGAUAAAAGUUUACACAUUUACACAACAGCCGCAGCAGUUACAUGUUUUCGAGACGAGUACGAACCCGCUGGGCUUGUGCUGCCUGAGCCCGCACAGUAACAAAUCACUUCUUGCCUUUCCUGGACGCCGUACUGGACACGUGUUGAUUGUGGACCUUGCCAAUACGGAACGCAACCCGCUAGAAAUUGCAGCACACGAAGCUCCAAUAAAUUGCAUGGCCCUAAACUUGCAGGGUACGCGCUUGGCCACAGCGAGCGAGAAAGGGACUUUGAUACGAGUGUUCGAUACAGAAAACGGGAACAAGGUUUCAGAACUGAGACGGGGCAGUAAUCAGGCAACGAUCUACUGCAUCAAUUUUAAUCAUUCAUCAACACAUUUGGUUGUAUCAUCUGAUCAUGGCACUAUUCACGUUUUCAACCUAGAAGAGCAGAAACCACGUGAAUCCUCAAUUAUUCCAAAAUAUUUUUCAAGCCAGUGGAGCUUUUGUAAGUUUUCCGUUCCUCAAGGUCCGCCAUGUAUUUGUGCGUUCGGCGCUGACUCAAAUUCUGUGAUUGUGAUAUGUGCGGAUGGACACUACUAUAAAUUCGUCUUUAACUCGAAAGGUGAAUGCAAUCGGGACAUUUGUACACAGUUUCUAGAAAUCACCGACGAUCAAACCUAAACGACUGAGAAAAUAGUGGCGAGAGAGGAUGAGAAAACGAAUGUGAUGUUAUGACGCUGAUGAUGAUAGCUGCUAGAGAAGAAAUCAAAGAAAGUCAUGCUUUUCAUCGCCAAAAGAGGUUAAUGGAGGAAGUCGCUCGGGCACGAGCAGUCGACCAUCGCCCACACAUUACAUUGCAUCGAGACAUCUUCAGCGAUUUAUAUAUAUACAUUAAAUAAUUCAUAGGAGUAUGAUUUCGCAAAUAUGUUUUUCAUGUAUAAGUUUGAACGUUCGCAACCCUGUGUAGUCUAUGGGUAGAUAUUUAACCUCAGAAGUAUAUCCAAUAUGAAUAUGGAAAGAAAAUGGAAAUCGCCUUAUUAUCUGUUGUCCUAUGUAAUUCAAGAAAUAUCAGUUAGACGCCCGCAUGUGGUAGAGAAAUUUUAUCUUAAUCGAUUAAAUUUAUUGAUUUACGUAUGGUAGCUCAUUAUAAAUAUUAUUUGAGAGAUCUGUAAACUUUAUUGCUGUAAGAGAUAAUUUACAAUGAAAUUAUGAUGAAGCAAUAAAUGAAGAAUAAAAAUAAAUGAAAACUAA